AUCAGGUAGGGUGGGGGGAGGGCGUGCGUAUGGAGACGACAACCUGCUUCUCAUAGUGUGAGCAGUACACCCCAUAAGGACCCAAUUCGGCAACAUGAAGGCUGUCCACUGCUGGCCUGUAGCGCUGCUUCUGUCUUUGGUUCUACUGCCUGACUACACUGCGUCCCUGAGAUGCUACACCUGCAUGGGCUCCAACAAUGAGGACUGCAACCGGCAAGGCUCCAAGAUCUGCCCCAGCUUCUCUGACGCGUGUGCCGUGGUACUGGGCCAUGACAGCGGGGUGAUGAAGACCUGCUCCUACAAGGCCUUCUGCAGCCAGGCCAACAGCCAGGGCUACCGCUCCCCGGGGGUCAGGGUCCACUGUUGCUACGGCGACGACUGCAACGUCACGGGCGUGGCCGCCGCGCUGCCCGCUCUCAGCUUUCUGCUGCUGUCUCUGGCCGUGGUGCUCCCUUGGGGGGCCUGACCGCAACACCACUACCACCACUACCACCACUACCACUGCUACUGCUACCACUACUACUACUACUGAGACUAUUAGUACUGCCAGUACUUCUACCACAACUACUACUACUACUAAUACUACUACUACUACUACGGCCAGUACCUCUACUGUACUACUACUAAGACUACUAGUACUGCCAGUUCUUCUACCACUUCUACUACUACUACACUUCAACUAAUACUACUACUGGCAGUACUUCUACUACUGCUACUAGUACUACUACCAUCAAGACUACUACAACUGCCAGUACUUCUGCCACUACUACUACUACUACUACUACUAGUACUACUACCACUAAGACUAAUACUACUAGUACUACUACCAUUAAGACUAAUACUACUGCAGGUACUUCUACUACUACUCCUACUACUACGACGACAACGAUGAAUGCUACUCCUGCCAUUAUUUUGACAAGUGCUAAUACUACUACGAGGAAAUGUGUAACUUUCACCGUUAAUGCCAUCUACAGUGUGACUACACUUGUAUCCUCUCAACACAUCGAUGCCAAGGAACCCUGUCUCUACUUUUACUACCCCUACCUGCUUUUAUAUGGUUGUUGAAGACAGGCAAGACGUGAUGAGGACUUCAGGAUUUAUUCGUUCAUCUGGUGGAUCGCUGCCGUCCAUGAUUAAUGAUUAAUAGGGUAAUUAGCUAAACUAAGGUGUCAUCCUCUGCGUACAAGUUACGAUGCUUAAAUGAUUUAUUCUUAUAUGGUCUGUUUUGCUACAGCACUCAAACCUGCCUGGCACAAAGAAUGAAACAACAUGUUAUCAGGUUCAUUGUUUGCCGUUUCAAAACUAAAUGAACUGUGACAUCUAUGAUUAAUUCACACUCAGGCAAAUAAGGCAAAGACCAAAUGCAGUUGCUGGCGUGGAAUUAACCAAUUAGCCUCUGAACUCUCAAUGACGCAUCUGAGUCAAAUGUACGUGCGUUGUUUUAAUGCAAUACCAGCUAGUGUGUGAAAUGUGAAAUACCCUUAGUUUCAGCGAUGGGGGGGGGGGCUCCCUACAUAGUGCGCCACUGUUAUGCUGAAGGUCACCCAGACUCAAUUCUAGUGGCGGCGCUAAAUGACAAAAACAAAUGAGUGACAUGAGGUUUAAUGUGCAGUCCCCAAAAAGUUUGGGAACAGCUACGACAAAUUGAUAGAUUUUUUGUGAUUUGUUGAAAUAUUAUAUGAAUCUAUUAAUGAUGUGUCAUUAUUGCACAUUAAUAAUUAAGAUUUGAAUAUCUAAGAACUUUUCAAGAUCGUAAUUAUAUUCGGUAUCAUUAGCAGUUAUAAUACCAAUCCACAAGGUGCAAAUGUGAUAAAUUCAGACUAAUAUGAACUAAUAUCAACAUAAUAUGAACUAGGCAUAACCUAUAUUAACCCAUGUCUGCAUUAUUGGAAACUCGGUAGUUGAAAGAGUAGAAUAAUGUGUUUUGAAUCACCUAUUUGAGAAUAUGUUGAAGAAAUAAUACAUUUCCUAAUAAUAUUAGAUAAAUAUAAUAUAGCUGCCUAUCUGAAUUUAUUGAUGACCUACAUAAUGCAUAUUUAAUAGCCAGCUGAUGUGAACAAUUAAAAAAUGUUUGUUGACAUCCUUAAAGAUAUGAUCUCAAUACGUAGGGAACCAUGUAUUGUCAUCAAUAUAUCAAUAUAAUUAAGAUUAAUGUGACCUUUGAAAAUCCACCGGACAAACCCGACUCUUCACCACGGCUUGUAGUUCUCCCGACCUACACUGUGGGGCAGUGCAAGCAUACUUUUUGAUGUCCGAUCCAGGCAAAUGUCAAAUCAACUUCUUGACUAAGAAUCACUCCUAAAUCGAUUGCUGUUCGUGAAAUAAGAAUUUGCAACGCUAUUUUAUGAUUGUUUGUAUUUUUUUGUGUAUCGUCAAGAAAAGAUAAAAAAUACCUCUCCCUUUCA